AUGUCGGAAACACAAAUAAGAGUCGCGUUAUUCGAAAAAAAAUUCAGUCCCGAUGAAAUAUCUUCACCACUUUCCUCUUCUUUCGCUUCACCUUCCACAAAUAUAUGGCGAAACUUACAACCAGUUGAAUCCCUUCACGGCCCUCAAUUUUGGCCAACUUCCAAACCGUUAGCACGAAAAGCUUCGGAUGUCGCGUCCGAGCAUAGUGGUUCGCGAAAGCAGAUUAAAAGAUUUUUUACUAAAAUUUGGAAAAAAGUUAAUUCGGGUGAUAUUUUGGCAAAGAAAAGGAGUAGCUCGUCGACAGAAAAGAGUGAAUAUUCUGAUAAUGAUGAAACAGAGGAAGAAAGCUUGAUGGAGGGAAUCGAUAUAUCAAGAUUUCGAGAUGAUUUACAAGAAGGAUCAACACGGCCUCGAGAAAAUAGCAUACAAUGUAGCAAUACUGAAACAAAACGCGUUGAAGAAGCACACAAAUCCAAGAAACAAAAUUCGAUAAAAAACAUUACACCGUUUCUAAUUACAGAUGAUCUAUACAUAUUAACUUCGUUAAUAGGAUUCACACCGAAUAAAAAAGCAAUCUCUCGUUCUCACACAAUUUCAUAUUCUCCACGACGUAAUCUGAAUCCACGAUGGACACCAGACGAGCGAAUUGCACGACGCGUGCAAAAUGUUCUUUUUCAUAUUCACGUAUAUUGGAACUGGCCACUCGAAUUUCAUAUUGCUUUACCACGAGAUAUAUCAUUUUCUGUUUUCAAAUAUACAAUGGGAAGAAUUCUCGACCAAGAAAUCCCCUCAGAUUUUCGUGUCUUGUAUCAUACAAAGCGAUACGGAAAUGAUGACGUGAUGAGAGUUGGCGAUGAACGAGAUGAUGUAUUAUUAGAGUAUUUAUUGAGGCGUGAAAAGAUACGUGUCGUGGAUAAUGAUGGGAUUUGGAAUGUGGGGAUGUUGAUUUGGCGAAAUGAUGUGGAGGUUACAUUAUUCUCGAAAUCUCUCUUAAAAAAAAAGCAUUGA